UCAAAUACGCAUUGCUAAUGUAACGACGGCGGAAGUAUCGGCGAAUGAAUACCGUUAUCGGAAGGUUUACCAUGAGUUACCUCCGGCUGUCGUAUGCACCGGCGGAGACAUCUCUCUUCUCUCCUUCCGCCCUCUCCUUCCUCGUCCACCGUCGCCAGUGCUGCCGGAUACGACUGUUUAGUACCUUCCAGUGCUCUGCCUCCGCAAAGCCGAAGAAGGAGAAAGUCAUUGUUAUAUCUGGUCCUACCGGCGCCGGAAAAAGCCGGCUCGCAUUAGAGCUCGCUAAAAAGCUUAAUGGCGAGAUAAUUAGCGCAGACUCUGUCCAGGUCUAUCAAGGUCUCGAUGUUGGAUCUGCAAAACCAUCUACAAGUGAAAGACAGGAAGUGCCACAUCACUUAAUUGACAUAUUACACCCUGCUGAAGAUUAUUCUGCUGGAAACUUCUAUGAUGAUGGAAGACAAGCUACAAAAGAUAUUCUUAAUAGAAGUCAUGUCCCAAUAGUUACUGGAGGAACUGGAUUAUACUUAAGAUGGUUUAUAUAUGGGAAACCAGAUGUCCCAAAGGCAACUCCAGAAAUUACUUUAGAAGUGCAAUCUUUGCUUUCUGAUUUUGUCAGAAACUAUGAUUGGGAUUCUGCUGUAAAAUUUGUUGCUAAAUCAGGUGAUCCAACUGCUGAAUCUUUACCUUCGAAUGAUUGGUAUCGAUUACAUCGUAAGCUUGAAAUCAUUAAGUCUACAGGGUUACCUCCAUCAGCAUUUCCAGUACCUUAUGAUUCUUUCAAGGGACAAAAGGGGUCAAAGUCAACGGAUCUUGACCUUGACCUUGACAUUUCUACUAAUUUGGAUGAAAAGGAAAAGGAAAAGGAUUUGGAUUAUGAGUUCAUUUGUUUUUUUCUUUCAACAUCAAGAACAGAUCUUUAUAGGUCAAUUGACUUUCGGUGUGAAGAUAUGAUUUCAGGAGGUAAUGGAAUUUUAUCUGAGGCAAAAUGGCUUCUGGAUUUGGGUCUUGAACCAAAUUCAAAUUCAGCUACACGAGCAAUAGGUUAUAGACAGGCUAUGGAAUACCUCUUAAAGUGUGAAGAACAAGGGGGUAGAAGUUCAACACGUGAAUUUUAUGCGUUUUUAUCUGAAUUUCAAAAAGCAUCAAGGAAUUUUGCAAAACGACAAUUAACAUGGUUUCGCAAUGAGCCGAUAUAUCAUUGGAUUGAUGCAUCAAGACCCCUCGAAGAAGUACUUAAUUUUAUAUAUAAUUCAUACCAUGAUGAAAACAAGAAAUUGAUAGUCCCUAAAUCACUUGCAAUGAAAAAAGACAUGUCGGAUCGACGAGAAAUCUCACAACUAAAAACCUAUCGAACUGAAAGAGGGGUUUUCAUCAACCAAGAGGAUUGUUCAGAUGUUUUAAACUGGAUAAGUCAAAAUCAAAGUCGAAAGACCGAAUUGAUUGCUAAUUAGCUUGUGAGCGAUUGAUUAUCUUUUUGGAAGAGAUAGAAAAUUGUAAUAUUUGAAUGAGUAUUAUUAAAUUAGGAAUGAUUGAUAUGUUUAUUAAGAAUUAGAGUAAAUUAAUAAUUUGGUGCUUAUGCUUUACUAAAAAACAUAAGUUCAGUCCAAAAUCCUAAGUUUUGAACAGUGAAAUACAAAUUUAACGACUAUAUUGGGAC